UUGGGAUGUCCUCAUUAUGCACGCGCCUGUAAACUGCGUCAUCCCAAGUCAGGACGAUUGUACACAUGCCGACUGUGUUGUGAACAAGAGCGCGAGAUGCCGAUGAAAGAUCAAGAUGAGCCGUUGGAUCGGUACGCAGUGACUGAAGUUAUGUGCAUUAAGUGCACAGCAUUGCAACCAGCCGAAGAUCGCUGCAUUAAUGCUGACUGUGAAUCACGGGGGAGACCCUUUGCGAAGUAUUUCUGCCGCAUUUGCCAUUUGUACGAUGACGGAUCUCGUCCCAUCUUCCACUGCCCGUAUUGCAACACUUGUCGACUCGGGCUUGGGCUCGGUAUAGACUUCCGGCACUGUAUGCGAUGUAAUGCAUGUGUCUCGCUAGCGGACGAUGCUCACCAUUGCAUCCCCCAAAAGCUCCAGGGGAGCUGUCCCAUCUGUCGCGAUACUCUGUUCCAGUCAACUGAGCCUCUUCGUGGGUUGAAAUGCGGUCAUGUCAUGCACCUUUCCUGCUUUACACAAUACCGACGUGGUCAUGCAUACACCUGCCCGUUGUGUAUGCGGUCGAUGGAAGACAUGAAUGACUAUUUUGCGUUGCUCGAUGCUGCCGUUCGAAUGCAGCCCAUGCCGACAGCGUACCUUUCCACGCUGAGUAAUAUUUACUGCCAAGAUUGUGAUAGAACUGGUCAAGUUCAGUACCAUUUCGUCGGACAAAAAUGUCUGGAGUGCGGUUCUUACAAUACGAGAGAAAUGGGGCGUGUUCAUAAUUCUCCGACGAGUACACCACCACCGCAGCCUUGA